AUGCAUUCUGGGAGAAUUCUCAAAAAUACUUACUACUUACCUUUUAAGUCCAAAUGUUUGAGCAGUGUGCACAACCAGCUACCCGACCAGUCAUACCAUUUGCACUACUUCCUGUUAGGCACAAGUCAACCCUUCGUCGACAAUGAAAUCCAUUUGAUUGAGUAUAAUGAUCAAUCCUGUACUGUCCGGAAUGUGGAGAUUUUUGACCAUAAGGAGGAGGUCAAGCAGUUGGUUUGCUUAGAUAUGUGUGAAAGGGAGGAUGGAAAUGGGAAAGACAAUCUUGUGUGUACCUCGGCGGUUGUCUGUGCGGGUGGAUUGGAAUGUAGGUGUUUUCUCCAACGGGGCAGUCUGAACAACAUGAACAACUUGAACAACUUCGAUGAGGAAGAGCUCGUUGCAGGAGGGGAGACAGAUCCCGGCAUGGAACAGGUGGAGGAGGCGAACCAAGCGAGUCGAAAUUUGGAUGAUCCAGGGGGGGAGGCAAAUGCACCGAUGCACAGUAUGGAGAAUAAAUUGAUGAACGACAAAGGGGGGAAGCAAAAGUCCCUGGACAGGGGGAAAGGAAAAGCAGCGCUGGAAAAACUGUGCGAACUGAGAACCGAUCAGCCAUAUGCUGGCAUCAAGCACAUCGCGGUGGACGAUCGUGAAGGCCAAUUUAGUAGAAUUGCAGUUAUAGAUAAGUACCGUUAUGACAUAUUCGGGAGGAGCAAAAGCAAUGUGAAUUUUGUUACCUCCAAAAGUAUGGGUCGGGAGUUGAAUUACGGCAUAUUUGACCCACAUCACGAAAACGUCUUAACCGUUAUUAGUGACACAAAUGUGUACGGAUACGACGUGAAAAAUGACGUGGAAAUAUUUUCCACCUUUGCAAACCAUAAGGCUGAUUUAUCAUCUGUUGACUUUAAUCCAAACAUUCCAAAUGUCAUUGUAACAUCAUCAAAUGAUGGCUACGUAAAAUUUUGGGACCUUCGAUUUCUGAGUGAUGCAUUUCUUACAGUUAAUAUUCAUUCGCAUUGGGUCACCUCCAUUCGUUUUAAUAAUUUUCACGAUGAGUUGUUGCUCAGCACUAGCUCAGACAAUACGGUGAAGCUGCACAGAAUUGACUAUCCAGCGAACAACUUGAAUUUGAAGAAAAAGGAAACCAACUAUCGGUUAAUAAAAACAUACUCCGAUCACGAAGAGUCUGUUUAUGAAGGCAGGUGGAGCAAAACGGACGCGUGGGUCUUUGCCUCUCUCUCGUACGAUGGGAAAUGUGUAGUGAAUAGCGUGCCCACGGAGGAGAAGUACAAGAUUCUCCUGUGA